UGGAACAUUGCUCCAAACAUCCAGGUCCUCCAAGUAGGUCAUGGCGCUUUUCGGAUCACUACGUCCUUGAUGACAGAUGCGGUGAAUCACUCCUCCAUACGGCCUUUGUCCGUUUUGUCGGCCUUCAGGCGACCUGUUCUAAGGGCUCCUGCGCCGGCCGCUUCACCAGUUCAAGGACGUCUUCCAGGUGGAGUAGAAGAGGAAGUGGUGCCGCCUCUUGCGAGGGCGUUGGCGGCGCCAUGUGUUCCGCGGCCACGUCCCAUGGUGCCGAAGCUUUCCCUCCGUGGCGUUUUCAAAGAGAAGGAAAAGGCGGGAGAGUACAAACUGAAGAUGGAUUACAAGUGUGAUGACCCUUGCGAUGACUCCGAUCUUGACACCUUGGACGACGCGGAGGCCCCAGAGAUCUCGGACCUGCAACUGGACGAGGCCAUCGAAGUACUGUUGGACAGCAGAUAUCGCAUCGUUGAUGGUGAGCAGGCGAACCCCCGCGCCGAAAACGAGAGUUUCUGGGUUCGGCUCUUUGGAGGCUGCCUGGCUGAAGAGUGCCACGGCAACAACGUGAAGGUGAAUCAGCGGACACCUCUGAAGAGUGCCAAGACGGCGCAUAGUCUCGGGGUGAGUUUAGAGAGAGCCAGCGAUAUCAUUUGACGGCUGCCAGAUGGUUUCUACUGGACCAAGCAAUCUGAUCCAAUCUGAAUAUCUCCAGGCCACCGUCC